UGGACUGGCACCUCAUCCUCCGGGUCCAAACACAGUAUCCCCGUUCCCACUACAGCACCUACACAUCUCACCCCUGACCCGAGAGACCUCACUGUGACCCAGUGUAGAUGCCUGUGUAAAUAUCAGUCUUAUUUCAUCAAUCUUUAAUCAUUUUAAUAACAUUUAUCAAAUUUGAAUAAUAUUAUUAAAAAGUUAUUUCAUUUGAUUUAUAGUUUAGAAUAACUAUAAAAUCAGUAUAUCAAUAGUUUAUUUUACUUUUAGUGCAAUUUGGUACCUACAACCUGAAAGCAUUAUAAAUUAAAGCUACAAAGUUAUGUGCAGAGUAAUUUCGGUGGACAAACAUUUCCUUGUCACAUGAAUCUAUUGUUUUUGCUGGUUCAUGGUUGACCCUUCCAGUAAAUGGCUGGAUUAUUGGUAUAAUCUCAUUACAGUGAGGUGAUUUAACUGAGAUUGAGUCAAGGGUUCAGCUGAAACCUGCUCAAACUGUAUCUGUACUCACACACACACACACACACACACACACGCACUAUUCCGUGAUGUGAUAUUUCUGCAAAAGGACACACUUUUUGUUGAUUUUAUGAAAUAUCUAUCCAGGUAUGUUUAAGUAUUUGUAAGUUUGUUACACUGCAAUUUCUGCAUAUUAAUGUGUAAUUGUUUGUUGUCUAAUAAAUACAAAUGUUUUCAGAGCAAAUCAGACAGAAGAAUGAAUCAAACUGUUCUUUACAGCAAUGUUCUGCUAUGUGGCAAAUAGUUGGUCUAUGACAGGAUUAUAAUAGUUUGGUUUACACUUUUAAUAAAUUACUAUUUAUUAAUUUAUAUAUAAAAAAUACUAUUGUUUUUUCAUUUACAUUUUCUGUGAACUGUUUUGCCUUAAAAGUAUGCUUGUGCUGUAAGCCUUUUUUCGUUAAGUUAAAUGCUAGUGUUUAUUUUAUGCAACAGUUAGGCUAGUUCCGGUCAUUAUAUCUGAUUGGUCGUCAGCAGCAUAGAUUAUUUAAAAUAUUUAUUAAGUCUAUGGUCAGCAGAGCCGUUGAAAAAAACGUCUUUUUUAACGGCUCUGGUCGCCAGAAUGCGGCGAAUCGAUACGUGAUUUUGUGUGAUUUUUGCGUAUUAAGUAUUUGUGUACUUUGAUCGAGUCAUUGAAUCAUUCCGAAUCAAACGAUUCGUUUACUGAUUCAGAAACACUGCUAGAGUGAAUUGUUUCUGCUGUGGCUUAUUUUGAAAUAUUUUCGUUGGUGGAGACAAAUAGACAACGUAUCUGGCAAUAUUGGGAUUAAAAUAGGUGCCUGUGUGUGUACAUGGACUGGGGCAGCUCAUAAUAUCUACAGAGCAACAGAGAUGGUAGGAGCACAAAUAGAAGGACUGUGGGAACACAAGAACUACUGGAAACAUCUCACUCAUUAACAUAUGUAGUUAAUCAACCAGAAGUUUUUUUUAAUUUUUGGAGAACACGUUCAUACAGUGGGCAACAUGGCGAUAGCAGCGCUGGAGUUGAUGGGUUUCUUUUUUGGCCUCUUUGGCAUGCUUGGGACAUUUGUAGCCACUCUUCUGCCAUAUUGGGCAACGUCUGCACACGUUGGUCCCAACAUCGUGACGGCGGUAGUCAGCAUGAAAGGUCUAUGGAUGGAGUGUGUGUACCAGAGCACCGGAGCCUUCCAGUGUGAGACCUACAACACGCUUCUGGGGCUCACCACUGAUCUACAAGCAGCCAGAGCCAUGAUGGUCAUCUCCUCCAUCUUUUCCGUCAUGGCCUGCGCGGUAUCCACUGUUGGCAUGCAGUGCACCGUCUGCAUGGAUGGCUCUUCAGACAAGAGCAAGGUGGCUGGGGUAGGUGGCUCCCUUUUCCUCCUGGCAGGGCUCUUGUCGUUGAUCCCUGUGUCUUGGAAGACCCAUGAGGUGGUGCAGACCUUCUACAUGCAGAACAUGCCAGCCAGCCUAAAGUUUGAGAUAGGUGACUGCCUAUAUGUGGGCUUGGCUUCUUCGCUUUUGUCCAUGCUUGGUGGAGGGCUGUUGAGUGCAUCCUGUUGUGACGAUUUGGACGGUAGCAGGGGAACCAGACGCCAUUACCCCUACCCUGACCACACCGGACCACGUGGACCGUCCCAUUUGAUGCCCUACCAUCCAGCCACACUACAUUCAACCACAAACCCCAACCUUGCCAACAAGAACCAGACCCUUAACAGCCAUACUAGUACCCACUCCACUAUGCCAGCUCAGGAUUCCAGGAAAUCGGCUCGGCUGAACACAGCGGCCGGGUAUGACGUCACAGGCUAUGUUUGAGGAUUUGUGUUAGUCGUUCUGUACCAUUUUUCCUAAAAGCACUCAAGUGAUUAAUACUUGGACUGUUGAAAGACUCUUAUAAUAGGCGGGAUGCUGGAUUAAGGGUCAAGAGGAAUGGACACACUGCCAGAGAAAGAGCAAAUGUGUUUGAUUGAAUAGAAUAUGAGUUGCUUUUGGUUUCUUUUGUCAACAGACAUUGCUGUUCUUCUUUUGAAAGUUCAAAAAUUCUAAAUAAACAACCAAGAUGGGUUUCAAUAUGAAUCGACAGAAUCAUAUGUAAAUAUGCAAAGUUAAUAUUUGACAGCUGCCCUCUCAUAAAGCACCGUGUCAGUUAACCUUAAGUGCACUUAAACAUUUGAACUUUUUUUUUUUAUUCACAUGUAGUAUUUUGCAAUGUUAUUGUUUUUUAUGACUGUUUUAUUAACAUUGUUUUAAUUUGUUAAUUAAAUUUUAAUAAAUUUUGUUAUUGAAUUUAUAUGCACUCAGUUUGAGCACUAAAUGAUCAUAUUCACUUUCUAAAUAAAGAUUUGGGUUGUUUAUUAGUCUUUGGCCCCAAAUUCUUUUCAUAAAGCAUAAAGAACAUAUUUUUGUUCUACUCAGCAGACACAGUAAACAUCUCUCAAUAGGCAGGUCAGAGAGGC